ACCUUAAGAAGGCACCGCCGGGGCCCCGCCCCCCUCUUUCGCUGGAGUCUCGUAGAGGCAGCGGGCAAAUCCCGGGCGGGAGCGACCCCCACCGACCAUGGCCGAGGAAGGCAUUGCUGCUGGAGGUGUAAUGGAUGUUAACACCGCCCUGCAAGAGGUGCUGAAGACCGCACUCAUCCACGAUGGUUUAGCUCGAGGUAUUCGGGAAGCUGCCAAAGCCUUGGACAAACGCCAAGCCCACCUUUGUGUUCUUGCUUCAAACUGCGACGAACCCAUGUACGUAAAGUUGGUUGAAGCCCUGUGUGCAGAACACCAGAUCAACUUGAUAAAAGUUGAUGACAACAAGAAACUGGGUGAGUGGGUAGGUCUCUGCAAAAUCGACAGAGAAGGAAAACCCCGCAAAGUAGUGGGCUGCAGUUGUGUGGUUGUCAAAGACUAUGGCAAGGAAUCUCAGGCCAAAGAUGUAAUCGAAGAAUACUUCAAGUGCAAGAAAUGAAUGAAAAAUAAAUUUUUUGUUAAACCUGA